AAGUCGCUCUCACUGUUUUGAAAUCCGCAGCCCGCGUGUCUCGAGAUCCUUUCCAGGCAGAGGCCCGUCGCGGCCUAGUUUCUGGGGACUCCCCCCCCCCCCCCGAUCCCUGCCGUUCCGCACCGGGGGGGGGUCUUGGGGCCGCGGACGCGCCAUGUCCACCCCUCCGUUGGCGGCGUCCGGCAUGGCGCCGGGGCCCUUCGCCGGGCCUCAGGCUCAGCAGGCCGCCCGGGAGGUCAACACGGCGUCGCUGUGUCGCAUCGGGCAGGAGACGGUCCAGGACAUCGUGUACCGCACCAUGGAGAUCUUCCAGCUGCUGAGGAACAUGCAGCUGCCAAAUGGUGUCACUUACCAUACUGGAACGUAUCAGGACCGGUUAACAAAGCUCCAGGAUCACCUUCGCCAGCUCUCUAUUCUGUUCAGGAAGCUGAGGUUGGUCUAUGACAAGUGUAAUGAAAACUGUGGAGGAAUGGACCCCAUUCCAGUAGAGCAACUUAUUCCAUAUGUGGAAGAAGAUGGCUCAAAGAAUGACGAUCGGGCAGGCCCACCCCGUUUUGCUAGUGAAGAGAGACGAGAAAUUGCUGAAGUAAAUAAAAAACUCAAGCAGAAGAAUCAACAGCUGAAGCAAAUUAUGGAUCAAUUACGAAAUCUCAUCUGGGAUAUAAAUGCCAUGUUGGCAAUGAGAAACUAGACUGGUAUUUAAAUUCCCAGUUCUGCACAUGCUAUAUCACUGGGUUUUGUUUGUUUUGUUUUUUGCCCCACUAAGUUGCUAUUGUUUUUCUCUCCCUUAGAAAGGACUAUUUAAUUGCUCUUACUUUAAUUGCUUGAACUGAAGUUUCUAUUUUUACAUUGUAGUUUUACAUUAAAGUAUCCAACUUUUUAAAAAUUUGUUGAUUCUACAAAAGAUCAUUGUAAUAAAAUUUGAUAGAGUUUGUGUUUUGGUUAAUUUCAUUAAUUGAAUAAAGCAAAGUUUUGUAAAUAA